GGGCUUGGGAUGGACCGAACCGAUCCAGACCUGCCCAGCAAACGUGAUGGAUUACAGAGCUGCUCGGCAGAGGAAAUGUUCACAUCUGAGUCUACACGAGUGGCCAAAUUCUCAUCACAACAAUAAAAUGUCUCAUAAGACACUUGGUGAUCCUGUUGGGAGCUCCGUUAUAGUGCCACACAGCAGCAGACAGUUUGCUCUCUCUUCUCAGAGUCUUUACACGUCUGCAUCACCUGAUACCAACAGUAUUUCCAGCCAGAAGGAAACCGAAGCUAGGAGCUCCCCUUACUUCUACAUGGACCGCUGCUUUGGCCGACAUUCCUCUGUGUGUAGCAUGAAUGAGACUUUUAUCGUCACACCUAAAAACGGUAUUCAGAAUGAACAUAUUAAAUCUGAGACACCUCCAAGUUUUAGUGGGCACAGCAAGGACCGCGGUAAUGAUGAAGUCACCUCUCCUGACCCUCCAUGGAAGGAAAACAGACUAAAUUCAGGUGAGGCUUCUUGUGAGAAUGACUACUGCUUCCUACCUUCUACAGAAACGAUGAGAAGUGUCGGCUUCACUCUGGAGGAACAGAAACUCGUUGCUGUUUCUUUGCUGGAAGAGUCAAACAUUCCCUCAGCUGCAAGUCCCCUGUUUACGGCAGAGUCAAGCCUGAUGUCAGCCAUGCUGCCGGUUUGUGAAAAAUUAGCAGAUAAAGUGUCUGAGAUCUCAGGCCAUCCUAGUCUCGGUGUUACUUUCAUUCAGUCAGACAACUUGGAGCUUCUUAAGGAUCCUGUAACCACCAGCUCUCGUGGUGCUUUGCCAAGUGAGAGUGAAGGAGAUCUCUCGACAACUUUCAUCUGGGACACAGCUACAGAUCUCACAAAUUCUGAAGGAGAGCAGUUGACUUCCUUUACAAAACCUGCUGUGUCGGCCAUUCGAGAAAGUCCCGAUGAUCUUCAAACUUCCACUCCAGGACAAAACGUAGAGAUGGAUAAUCCAAAACCAAAAGCUACUUCAUCCAACCACCGCCCAGCUGUGAGGGGCCCUGCUUCUGCAGCCCGAGCCAUUGAGAUCAGCUCAGAAAUGAUGCAAACAACCUCCAGCCAAGUAUCAUCGGCCCCAGCACACCAGGCUGCCACUCGGAUUGCUGGUUCAAAAAAGGCCCCAGCUCGAAGUGGCCAAACUGACCCCAAAGACCCCAAACCUACCCCAAAGAAGGAUGCCAGUAGAAUUCGGGUAACGGCAAGCUCGGUUGUAGGUCAACAGAAGCCUACUGUGGGAAAGACGUGGAAGCCUCGCCUCCAGAAACAACAUACAGCUCUGACUUCAUGCAGACCUUCACUUUCCACCACCAAAGGAACUUCACCACUUACAGUCAGACUUGAGAAAAGGAGCCAAUAUUUUAAGCCAGCUGGACCAGUUAAACCUAGAACUGUCUCAGCUCUGACUUCAUCAUGCGGACCUGCACCUUCCACAAGCAAAGGAGAUUCACAUCCUACUGUCAGUCUUGAGAAAAGGAAUCCUUGCUGUAAACCUGUUGGACCAGUUACACCCAGAAGUGCUUUGACGUCACCAUGCAGACCUGCACCUUCCUCAAGCAAAGGAGCCUCACAUCCUACAGUUAGUCUUGAGAAACGGAUAACUCAUUGUAAACCUGCUGGACCAACUACACCUAGAACUGCUCUGACUUCACCAUGCAGAUCUGCACCUUCCACAAGCAAAGGAGCUCCACGUCCUCCAGGCAGCCUUGAGAAAAAUAGCCCUCACUGUAAACCUGCUGGACCAGUUACACCAAGAGCUGUGCACAAGAAGUCCAAAACCAGUUCUCGCCAAGAGAAGUCUCAACAGGGACCAACCCACAGAUCUGGAUCACGGGAUGGGAUUCAGGCAAAUGACCUGCAGGGUGAGAGGAGCAACCAGAACAUCCAGCAGCUCAAACAGCUCUUAGCAGACAGCAACCGAAGAUUUCAGGCCAUCGCCAUUGUCCUACAACAAAGUUUAACUCGGACAGAUGAAGCCACCAGGCAGUGCAGAGAGUUGUAUGAGGAGCAGGCCAGCCUUCAGGAGGAGCUGGCUAGCUCUGUCCACUCAUGUGUGCGUCUGGAGAAGGAGAAGGAAGAGCUGCGUGCUACUCUGCAGGAUGCAGCCCAGAGGCUGCAGGAGCAGCACCAGAAGGACUUGGCUGAGCUGGAACAGAAGACCAGCUACCAGGCUGAGUGGGACAAAAGCCGCCUCGCCUGCCAGGAGGAGGCUGACGAGUGCAGGACUCUGAUGCUGCAGCAGAUGGAGGAGCUGAAAGCCAGUCAUGAAGCCACGAAGCAGAAACUCGAGAGCAGCCAUGAGGAGCAGCUGCAGAGGGUCAAACAGCAGCAUGACAGCUCCCUGCAAGCGCUCAGGAACGCCCACACUCAGGAGCUGCAGCGCUGUGAGAAAACUUGCAAAGAUACCGAGUUUCUUCUGCGUAGAGAGCUCGAGGAGCUGACGGUAAAGAAUAAUGCUCUGAUGGAGAAGCUGGCAGCACACGAGAACAGGAGGAAGGAGCUGGCUGAACACACGCAGAAGGAUUCCCACACUCUGUAUUUGGAGCAGGAGCUAGAAAGUCUGAAAGUCAUUCUGGAUCUGAAGAACAAACACCUUCACCAGCAGGAGAAGAAGCUGGUGGAGAUCAAGAAACUGACGGAUAAAAACGUGACAUUGGAGGAGAGACUGAUAAAAGUCCAGCAGGAGAAUGAAGACCUGAAAGCUCGUAUGGAACGGCACGCUGCUCUGUCCAGACAGCUGUCCCAGGACCAGGCCAUGCUGCAGGAGUCCCUUCAGAAGGAGUCCAAGGUGAACAAGCGCCUGUCUAUGGAGAACGAGGAGCUCCUCUGGAAGCUCCAUAAUGGGGACCCGAGCAGCCCCCAAAGGAUGUCCCCCAUCUCCACCGCCCCCUCCCAGUUCUUCAAGCUUCAGUCUGCCUGUUCCUUCUCCAGCCCCCCCGUCUCACCCAGAUAACAGCGCCUGGCUCCAGGGACCCGAGCUGGAGUAGGGGCCAGGAUCUUUUUGUCGGUGGUUUCAACGUUGGCUCGUCCAGGAUUGGAUGAACGGACAUUUUCUGUACAAAGAUGCUGCAAACAUUUGCACAGAAGCACUUAGGAAGCCAGACCACCAUGCUGUUUGCCUUUGAUGUGGUGAAUGGAGGAAAUCUCAGGACCUUUUAUGUUUGAGGCUCAUCUUUACUGAAGCUCACCUACACCACACACAUGUGCAGCUUUAGCCUCGUUGUGUGUUAUGUUUCUGUUCCACGGAGCCAUGGAAAGUCUGACUUCAGGGUGUGGGAAUGGUUCAGGAAUUUUGUUGUAGGAAUUUCUGCACCUUCUUUCUUCACAUCCGAACCAUCCUUAUUCUGGCGUUUCUGUCCUCUACACCCACGUUAGGGUUCGUUAGAGGCUGUUAAAGCUUUAAUUGUUUGGAUCACCAGCUCAAUGUUCAUCUGGUCCCUAAUAUUGCAUGACUGAGGGACCAGUCCAAGUGUUUGUGUGCGAGUCUGGUCAGGCACCUGUUGGAGGAGUACUCCUACAGUCAGGGUUUCCUGGCUGAGGUUACCUGAAGCAGCUUUUCUUUGUGUAGAAGUGAUGUCACUUAUUUGUUGGCACCUGUUUGAAAUAUGCAAUUAAUAAAGUCUUGUACUGAA